AUGGGCGGAAUGUGCUGGUGUUAUCCGUGGACCUGCAGACUGUGGCCGCUUCUGAUUCUGGCGACUUUACCCAACUGCGUGGUGCAAUACUCAGAGAGUCCGGCUGCUGUAGUGGGGAAGAUGUACCCAAGAGGCAACCACUGGGCAGUAGGUCACUUGAUGGGUAAGAAGAGCAUCGAGAGCCCGCCUGCUGAAGUGCAGGGGACGAACCUCAACAGUGACCAGCUCACAGAAACAGAGCUGGAACGAUUCGAGCCCCUGAUGGAGGCACUGACAGAGCAGAAGAACCAAAACCAGAAGAGGCCCCAGACCGCAGACAGGCUGCUCCGACUGCACAGAGGCUGGAGAGAAGAGGUCAGAGACAAAUAUCUCAGAGAGCUGUCAGACCUGAUUCUUCUAUCUUUGAAACUGCGAGGCAACGACUCCACCUGAGGGCGAG